ACCUUGUUGACUAACUGUCGUAUGAACUUACAUCAUCACUUCUCUCUCUUAAUUCCCUAUAUAUAAGCCAAAUUAGGCAGUUGAAAUCCAUCAUCAAUCAUCUCAUUAUCCCCACGUCCUUCCUAACACUAGCUACCUUAGCUCUCAGCUUUCUGCGUUAAAAAACCAAGCAGAAAACACAAGAACCAUAAAACUAACCCGCACCAAUGGCCAGAAAGCCCAAUGUAGUCAUUUUCCCUUCACCGGGAAUGGGCCACCUCAUCCCUCUAGUCGAGCUCUCCAAGAAGCUGGUCCUGGCCCACGACUUAUCCAUCACCCUCAUCGUCCCAUCGUUGGGCCCACCCUCGAAGGCCCAGACCCAAGUCCUCGAGUCUCUCUCGCCCGGUUCGAUCAACCACAUCCUUCUCCCCCCGACCAACCCAUCAGACUUUCCAGCUGGUACUCGAGCUGAAACCCUGAUCUGCCUCACUGUUGCCCAGGCAGUUCCUGCGCUUCGAGACGAGCUCAAAUUGCUCAUCGAGACGAGUGGAAAACCGGUUGCUCUUGUCGCCGACUUCUUCUGCACUGACACUUUCGAUGUGGCCAGAGAGUUUGGUGUGCCGAGUUAUUUGGCUGUCCUCACGAAUGCCAUGACACUGUCGAUGUUACUUGAUCUCCCGAGGCUCGAUGAGGAGGUCUCUGGUGAGUACGGGGACAUGGAUAGCCCAAUUCGCUUCCCUGGAUGUAGGGUCGAUGUUCUCGGUUCGGACUUGCCUGACCCGGCUCUUGACCGGAAGGACGAGGCGUACAAAUGGUUCAUACACAACCUGAGACGCACCAAUUUAGCGGAGGGAUUCAUAGUAAACAGCUUCACGGAGUUGGAAGGUGAGACCAUUCAGUUUUUGCAGGAGAACGUCGUGUCCGGGAAUCAACCAAUCUACCCAAUCGGACCCAUCUUCCAAUCCGGCAGCUCGAACGAUUCGGCCGAUCCGAGUGGAUGUUUGAAAUGGCUAGACACUAAACCAACCGGUUCCGUUGUGUUCGUUUCUUUCGGUAGCGGUGGGACCCUGUCUUCAGAACAAUUAAAGGAGCUGGCACUCGGUCUGGAGACGAGCCAACAAAAUUUCCUCUGGGUAGUGAGAAGCCCGAACGACGCGGCGGCCAACGCAUCUUACUUCAACUCGAGAAGCGGUUCGAACCCACUCGAUUUCCUGCCUGAAGGGUUCGUAGAGCGAACCAGAGGGCGGGGCCUGGUGGUCCCAUCGUGGGCCCCACAGAUGCAAGUGCUUAGCCACGUGGCGACGGGUGGGUUCGUGAGUCACUGCGGGUGGAACUCGACGGUGGAGAGCAUUGUGAAUGGGGUGCCGCUGAUUGCAUGGCCGUUGUACGCCGAGCAGAGGAUGAAUGCCGUGCUUCUAGAGAAGGAUUUCGAGAUUGUGUUAAGGCCAAAAGCAGGGGAAAAUGGGGUGAUCGGAAGGGAAGAGAUUGCCAGGGUCGUGAAGGGUCUGAUGCAAGGGGAAGAAGGUGCGGCGGUUCGUGAGAGAAUGGCGAAGUUGAAGGUGGCGGCCGCCGAGGCAGUGACGGAGGAAGGUUCUUCCACCAAGUCGUUGGGUGAACUGGUAUCUAAGUGGAAGAAGGGACAUUAGAUCAACGAUGCAUGAUUUUCUAAUUGAUGUGUUUCAUUUUAUGUUUAUUAUUAUAUCAGUGUGGGGUAUUUGUACCUUAAAAUUAAAGUGUGGGCAUUAGUGUUCUAGUUUCCCUUGUGCUCUAUUAGACUAUCACCUUGUUCAGUUGUCCGGUGGGCUGAUAAUUUACGUGAGGUUUUGUUCUUUCUAGCUAAAAUACAUGUGAAAUGGUGAUUUGAGGUUGUGAUUGAUCAAAUGUGUCUGUCUGGUACAAGUUACGAAUUUUAUUGGCUUAUUUCGUUCAAUAAAAUCAAUAGUUAGAA